GUAGGACGCAUAUAUUCGUUGUUGCAUAUAGGUGUACUCACAUUGAAACGAAAAUAAUUGGUAAACGGUGCGAAACAGGAACAAAAAGGGUUGAAGUUUGUCGAUGUUUGAUUAUUGCAUCGAAGUUUGAUCGAAUUUUGGGUGUUUUUGUUUAACAGUGACCGUGGUAAUUCAAGUGAUAGUGACAACAAUGUCCGUGAUUAUGGAUUGUUUUCGUCAGUAGCGGACGUGUAAAGUUUCUUAGUCACUUUGUUUAGCUGACUUCCAAUAAACGAGCCUGAUUCGUCAUUUUUCAACUUUGUGGCACAUUCGCCAGCAACUUUCAGUUUAGCGCGAGUUUUUGAUAUAAAAACGGCAUCUUUUGUUUCUCAAGGGUAGUUGCCUGUACUUUACGCCGUUUUCCCUCUCUUUAGCUUGAUAUCACUCAUACAGCACAGAAAGGCAUCACUCUUCACGGCUGAAGUUUUAAUCUGAGAGCCGAUUGCUGAAAUCGGAUUCUCGUCUCACGGACGUAAAUUCGUCUCAAUAUCUUUAAUUAGAGAUCUGUGAUGUACAAGCUCGGCGCCGCGGGAAAAAUCAUUACGUCCACAAUUAAUUUCGUACACUCAAAGAGGAAAGGAAUUUUCAUAUACAUAAAAAAGAUGUACAAAGACUCAAUAAGUCUUCGAUGUCGUAGAAGUUUUUUAACUUUUCGAUUAUAUUGAACACCUUGACCGUCCGACUGAGAAACGAGGUCAAGUUUAGUCGAAAAACACAUUAAAGGUCACCAACUCCUAUGUAAUGGAGUAUUAAUGACAAAAGUGUUUCACUGGGAGAUGCACCAAGGGUAUCCAGUACAGAGACGCUGUUCUUACACACUGUAAAGGGAAACUGUUAUUGUUGACAAGAUGAAAUUACUGGAGAGUACACGUUUUGAAGCUAUAAACAGUGCCUUGUCCAUCAAAACUGGAGACAGCAAAAUAAUAGGCAGAAUAGAGAGCUACUCUUGCAAAAUGGCUGGAAAUGAUAAACAGCUGUAUAAACGUUUCAAUGCAGAACAAGGUUUUACUCCACAUGAUCUUCAAGCUUUAUCACCACCACAAACAUCCUUAGGAACAUCACCUGCUCAAGGGUACUUUAGUCGCAGUGUUUCUGGUGAUGAGGAUGGCCCACUGUGUGAUACAAUCAGUAGAAAAACAUUAUUCUAUUUGAUUGCCACUUUGAAUUCAGCUUUCCAUCCAGAUUAUGAUUUCUCUGAUGCCAAGAGUCAUGAAUUCAGUAAAGAGCCAAGCUUGCAAUGGGUCAUGAAUGCCGUAGACAGUAAUUUAAGUGCAACCGCGGGAGAUCAUUAUCGUACUCUUCGAACGGCACUUUGGGCUGCCGUUGACGAUGAAAUAUUAUUAAGUGAAUGUGAUAUCUAUAGUUAUAAUCCAGAUUUUGCAUCUGAUCCAUUUGGAGAAGAUGGAUGCUUAUGGUCUUUUAAUUAUUUCUUCUAUAAUAAGAAAUUAAAACGCAUUGUGUUUUUCCCAUGCAGAGCAAUAAAUCCUCUCUACGUGUUAGAUUCUGGUGUUGGCAGUGACUUUGCCAUGGAUGAAGAUGAAGACAGAUACUAAAUUCAUAAUACAUGUUUACAAACUUUGACACUAUCUUUAUUAAUUCUGCCAUAUAAAGGCAUGAAUGAACAUUAAAUUUCAUGUAUUACAUAACUUAUUAUGUACAAUGAUACAUCUCA